UUUUUUUUUUUUUUGUUAUUAUUGUUGUAAUGGACACAGAUUUGCCUGUAAAUAAUAUUAUAGAUCCCCCGACAGAGCAAACAAGAGAGGAUAUAGUGAUGGAAGAAAAUGCUGAGCCUGUUCAACCAGUUUUGACAAACAAUAAUCAAGAACCAGCAGAAACGAUCUUGUCUGAAAAUAGCGUCAUUCCAUUGGAGUCUUCUGAUACUAUAAUCAAUGAAACUGUGAUCAAUGAAAAUAUAAUAGGUGAAAAUAGAACAAAUGAAAAUACUGAAAGUGAAAAUACUGUAAAUGAAGAUACUUUAGGUGAAAAUACGAAAGACGAGAAUACUACAAGUGAAAACAUUUUGAAUGAAAAUAGUACAGGUGAAAUUAUUGCAAGCGAUAAUGCUACAAAUGAUAUUGCUGUAAAUGACAACAUUGCAAUUGACAAUACUGUAAAUGACACUACUAUAACUGAAAAUACUUUAAAUGACAAUACUGCAAAUGAAAACACAGUUAGUCAAGACGAGGCAAAUGAGGCUGAGUCAACACAGAUAGAAGAAGCAAAGGAUUCCGAACAUGUUGCACCCAUGGAAGAAAUAAACCAUGAUGCAACAAAUACUCCCUUAUUAAGUGCGCCUGCUUCCUGGCAGCUUCCUGUCACGGCCUUUGUUCAACAAAGCCCUCAACAACAAAAGCUAAAUGAUCCAGCUGUUAAUAAAGCUAAUUUAAGGAAAGAACGUUUAGAAGCUCGCAUUAAAGAAUCGAAAUAUGACAUAGAGGCUUGGUCCAGUUUAAUGAAUGAUGCUCAACAAACUGGUGAUUUACAAAUCAUUCGUGAUGUUUAUGAACGUUUCUUAAAAGUUUUUCCCACUUCACCAAAGCACUGGCUUGCUUAUCUUGAAUUAGAACUCAAAUAUUCCAAUUUUAAUGAAGUGGAGGCUUUAUUUACACGUUGUCUUAAAACGGUUUUAUCUGUCGACGUUUGGAAGUUUUAUCUUGGUUAUAUUCGUCGUAUUAAUCUUGGAGAAAGUGGUUCUGCUGUAACUCCUGAAGCAAGAGGUAUUAUCGAAAAAGCCUAUGAAUACGUAUUAGGUAACGUGGGUAUUGACAAAGAUGCUGGGCCUAUUUGGGCAGAUUACAUUUAUUUCUUAAAAUCUGCAGAGACUUCAAAUACAUGGGAAGAACAACGUAAGAUGGAUUCAAUGCGUCGUGCUUACCAAAAAGCUGUAACAAUCCCUUUAAAUAACGUUGAACACCUCUGGAAAGAAUAUGAUCAAUGGGAAAACAACUUGAAUCGUUUAACAGCAAAGAAAUUUUUGGGUGAAAAAUCUUCAGCUUAUAUGACUGCACGUACUGCUUUACGUGAAAUGAAGUUACAUACAGAUAAUAUCAAUGUAAACACAGUUGCUUCACCACCUCAGUGGACUCUAAACGAAAUCGAGCAAUUAGAUUUAUGGAAAAAAUAUAUUGAAUGGGAAAAGAGUGACCCUUUACAACUAGAAGAUGAGACGGCUAUUAUGGAUCGUGUUGCUUAUGCUUAUCAACAAGCCUUUUUGGUUCUUCGACUGUAUCCUGAAAUAUGGUAUAGUUUUGCCAGCUAUUAUCAAGAACAUAAUAAAGCUGAAAAGGCUCUCUCUGUCUUGAAGCAAGGUAUCGAGAUUUUACCAACCAGUUUAUUAUUAAAUUUUUAUUAUGUGGAACUAUGUGAAUCUAGAAGACAGUUGGAUGAUGUACGACAAGCCUAUGAUCAACUUAUUGUCAAAUUAGAUGAAGAAAUUGAUACUUUAAAGAAAGCAGCUCAAGAGGAGAUGGAUAAAAUUCAACAAAGGGCUGAUGCAGAACGUGCCUCAAUGAAUUUAUCCGAUGAUAUUGACGGCGAAUUAAGAGAACAGUUACGUGUUCGUGAAAAGCAAUUUAAGAAAGAACAGGAGGCCAUUGAAAAAAAGAUGACUGAGCGUGUAGAUAUGAUUGCUCGUGCUUGUUCAUUAGUUUGGAUCAAUUAUAUGCGUUUCGCACGUCGUACAGAUGGCAUCAAGAGUGCACGCGCUUUAUUUUCUAGAGCACGUAAGGCAACAAACUCAACUUACCAUGUCUAUGUAGCGGAUGCCUUGAUGGAAUAUCAUAAUUCAAAAGACGCAACUAUUGCCGGUAAAGUCUUUAGUUUGGGCCAAAAGACAUAUGGUGAUAAUCCUGAUUUUAUUUGUCAAUACCUGGAUUUUUUGAUUCAAAUGAAUGACGAUAAUAAUACACGUGCUUUAUUUGAAAGAACUUUGGCUACUAUGCCUGCUGAAAUGGCUGCUCCUAUUUGGCUUAAAUUUUUGAAUUAUGAAAAUAAAUAUGGUGAUUUGGCAUCUGUACAAAAUAUUCAAAAAAGACGUAUAGAGGCACUUGCUAAUCCUAAUAUCAAUAUGAUGGAGUCCUUUUUGAAAAGGUAUUGCUAUUUAGAUAUUCAUACUAUUGAAGAACAAGAGUUGGGAUCCUUGGCUCGUAAACAGCUAUUGCAGGGUAUGGUUGAAAUAGAUAUGAAUCUUUCUGUACAACAACAACAACAACAACAACAGCAACAGCAUCAACAACAGCAGCCACAGCAGCAAGAACAGAUGUCACAACAGGGGCAACGACAGUUACUUAAGGAUAAUCAAAAGAGGCCUCUUCUAGAACCUGUUCAUCCUGAACGUUAUCCUAGACCCGAUUUUGGACAAUGGCAAAGCUUUAAACCUAGUGCUCAUCCUACAAGUGGGUCACCCAUCAUUACCACUGUAGUUCCUAGUACUCCCCCUAAUUUGACUACACAAGAAAAACAGCAACAAACCAAAAUGGAACCUAUUGUUCAAGUUAAUCCUAUGAUGGCCAUACCUCAACAGCAACAACAACAACAACAACAACAACAGCAACAGCAGCAACAACAACAGCAGCAGCAACAACAACAACAACAACAACAACAGCAGCAGCAGCAGCAGCAGCCUUCUACACCCAGUCAACAAGCUUUGCCACCCCCACCACUGCCGUCAUCAUCGUCAUCAUCAUCGACACAACUAAUAGGUAAUUGGAACGCUAAUACAGGUAUGAUGCCAUCAGCACCAGCACCUCCAUUGCCUCUACCCGAUGCUGUUGCUUAUUUUGUAUCUAAUUUACCACCUGCUCAAACCUUUAAUGGACCUAUGAUUCCACCUAAUGAACUUGUAGACCUUUUACGUAACAUUAUCAUACCCUUACCACCACCACCACCACCAUCACAACAACAACAUUCUCAACAGGGCCCUAACCUACAACAACAAAGAUCAUUUAUUUCCCCCAACAAGUCCUCAUCUAAUAGAGGAGGAGGAAAUUAUGGUAACAAUAGCCGUUCUAAUAGUGGUAGUGGACGUAACAGCGGAUAUAAUAAACGUACUGGAACUACCCCCAUGCGUGGAAAUAAGCCAAAUAUGAAACGAAGAAAUAGAGAUGAUUAUGAAGAUGAUUAUCAAUCUCACAAAGGUAAGAGAAAAAAAAAUAUUCUUCCUCUCAUUUUUAUUAUUAACUUUUUGAGUUAUUUUAAGGUAUUGGGCCAAAUAGGCCACCAGACUUUGAUUUAUUCAGACAAAGACAACAAAAGAGACACAGAGAUGAUCCACCUUAUUAAAAUCAUGUUUGUUCGAUUUUUAAUAAAACUGAUUGUAUAAGUCCCAAAUUAUUGUAACCAUUAAAUUAAGUAAAUGCAAAGAAAUAUCUUUUAUUUUUAUUUAUAUAACAAAAUAAAAUUGCUUUAUAU